CCCGCCCCUCAUUGUGCGGCUCGUACUAAACGGAAGGGGACUGGAGAGGCCGCGCUCAGUCGGCUCCCGGCAGCAGCUGCGUACGGCGCGCUCGUCUCCUCCGCCUGCCGCCUUUGCUCUCGCUCUCUCCGCCGUCUCUCUCUCGCUUCCGGAAACAUGGCUUCCGGCGUGGCAGUCUCGGAUGGCGUCAUCAAGGUGUUCAAUGACAUGAAGGUGCGCAAGUCGUCCACGCCCGAGGAGGUGAAGAAGCGCAAGAAGGCCGUGCUCUUCUGCCUGAGCGAGGACAAAAAGAAUAUCAUCCUCGAGGAGGGCAAGGAGAUCCUGGUGGGCGACGUGGGCCAGACCGUGGACGACCCCUACGCCACCUUCGUCAAGAUGCUGCCUGACAAGGACUGCCGCUACGCGCUCUACGACGCCACCUACGAGACCAAGGAGAGCAAGAAGGAAGACCUGGUGUUCAUCUUCUGGGCCCCUGAGUGUGCGCCCCUGAAGAGCAAAAUGAUCUAUGCCAGCUCCAAGGAUGCCAUCAAGAAGAAGCUGACAGGAAUCAAGCACGAAUUACAAGCAAACUGCUACGAGGAAGUCAAGGAUCGCUGCACCCUGGCCGAGAAGCUGGGGGGCAGUGCCGUCAUUUCCCUGGAGGGCAAACCUUUGUGAGCCCCUCGGUCCCCUGCUCGGAGCAUCUGGCAGCCCUAGACCUGCCUGUGGCGGUUGCAGGCUGCCCCCUUCCUGCCAGACCGGAGGGGCUGGGGGGAUCCCAGCAGGGGGAGGGCAGUCCCAUCACCCAGUUGCCAAACAGUCCCCCCAGCCCCGGACCUUCCUCUUUCCCACCCCCCAC